AUGGAUCAAAAACAAGGCCCAUCCCUUCUCGAAUACGCUCGUUUUCAUGAAAUUGCAACCCCAUCUACCACUGUGAAUCCCCUGGAAUAUAUCGACCAAAUACUCGAGAACAGCCCUUCCUCCAAAGAUGAAUAUUCACCUGCUUCAAACAGUCAUACCACGACUCCUUGGAAGUCCAUCGAUGGACAGCUUGACAGCGAAAAGCUCAGUCUGGGUAAAAAUGACGCCCAACUUCUUUCAACGGUGAUUCGGCACUCGAGAGCAGAGCGCGUGGAAGCUUAUUGGGGCCAUUUCCUUCCGUCAUUACCUAAAAUCGAGGGUCUCAAAGUCGAGCUUCCUAUUCUUCCUACCCAUCAUGAAUCGGAAAUAAAUUCUCUAACGAGCUCUGUUCGUUCUCGUCGUGGAAAUGAAGCGCUGUCGUUGCUGCAGACCUGCCUACCAUAUUCUCUGCCAAAAUUCUCCAAGUGCUUCAAUACGUGCCACGGAAUUGACAAGAAGACCGAGAUGGAGAGACUCAAUUGUACCAGAGAGUCAUUUCUUUUGAUUCAGAAUGCUAGGAAGUGUGGGGAUAUCAGCACAACUACGGAUUGUCUCGAGACUCAUCUACAGGCAUAUGAGGCGUUUUGCGGACCGAGUCCUGUUCUUGUUCCAAUUGACUUCGACGAGUUAUACAAUCCGCCGCCUAGCCCGAAGCCGCAAAUGCUUCCUAGUCCCGCUUCCUCCAAUCCUAUCAAACGACAUGAAUCGCCACACUAUUUACAGAAGAUGGACACAUUGGUCUCGAUCCCUCUAGAGUUUAGCGAGGGAGGUACAAGGGCACGAGGUUCUAAAAAUGAAGUGUUUUCCAACGCGCAACGCGAAGAGGAAGUGAGGUCCUUUCAAGAAUGUUCGCCGCCCAUUGGGUACGCAACUUCUGAUUUUAGAGAGGUGGAAAACGCAGAAAGCGAAGAAGAUCUAUAUCACCCGCCAGAUUCGACUUGGAACCUCGCUCAAUCUGUGGUUUCAACACGGCUUAAAGUUGAACUCGCUCCUGGGCGUAGCUUUAGUGCACUUCAGCAUACUACAUCCUUUCCAUCUACUUUCCAGUCAAAUCCUUGCUCCACAUAUCAAGAGACAAUGAACGAUGGAAAUAUCGACUUUGGCCACCCAGUCGAGGUCGAACAAGGAACCCAAGAUUUCGCCGAAGGGGAGAUUUUAGAAAUGCCAAAGCCACUUGGGAACAGGUAUGGAGGUAGUCUAGACAGUAUGGUUGUCAACACGAACUGGUGCGACUUGAACCGGAGAGUGAACAAGCAGGAUAUCACAGUAAACGACAGCUCCACACCCGACGGACCAACACUUCUUGGUGAGACAUGUCGUCAACAAGUGCAGCAACAUAUGGAGGAUCAGAUGUCCUAUCACCAGCGAAAGAGGAAGACGGUAAAAUAUGAUCACAGGCUCAAGAAAGAACAGCACAGAGACGGAAAAAAGAGAGCAGCAAUACAACCUCCAGCAAUAAGCCAGGGCUUGAACUCGCCAUCAUCAUUCACGGUACUGGGCUCUUUACCUGCUUUUAUGGCAACGAGAGACAUAGCACCCAAGCGACGUGUCAAUGCAGAGCGCCCUUUUUUCGCAACGAAGAAUCAGCAGCCAAUUGAUGAUCGAACUGAGCGCCAAAACCCUGCCGUGGUUUCAAAUCAAUACGCAGAACCAUCACACUUCCGAUUGACACGAAUCCUCGAAUACACGAAAGAUCCACUGCCCACACUCAUCUACCGAGCUUAUGACACAAUCAACCACGAUAUCGAACACGAAGCGGGCAUCAUCAUCUCACCUUCAAUAGGUGCAAUCCUGACAACAUCCCAAGCCACGACACAGCUAUACCUCCCGGGCCACAAACCCGCACGUCCACACUUGGAUGACAUCAAGGACAUCAACUCACCCCUUCGGGAACGCAUCAUACUCCUAGCCCCACGAUACGAACGACUCUACGUGCUCAUCAUCCACUCCAGAGGAAUAGCAAAGCAUUCGACGGCUGACAAGCGGACGCUAGCAUCCAUCACAUCGCUCACAGCAUUCUGCAACUCUGUAUCGAAAUAUUCGACCAUUAUCCCACUCAUAAUCGCGCCAUCCGCACCAGAGACAAUAGCGCAAUGGAUCCUCGGGCUAGCUUAUAAACAUUCGUUUCGACUACCGGAGACCAGUUUGCCGUGGAGUAUUGGCUUUACGUCUAUCAAGCCGAGCAUCAACAAGUCAAGUAUAGAUCCAAUGAUGAUUGAAACCGAGACGCAAUGGGAGCUUUUUCUCCGUCAUGCUGGAUUGAACCCAUUUGCUGCGCAGGUUGUCUUGCUUGUGCUGAGGGAGGAAGAAAAGCUAAGCUUAGAUUCUACUUGUGAACAGGGCACAGUUUCAGCACUGUCGAGGUUUGUGGAGAUGUCAACUAAAACGCGAAGACGUCUGUUUGCAGGGCUCAUUGGGGAAAGGGUGCUAGAGAGAGUAGAGGCUACAAUGGAUAAUGACGGGCAAUGCGGCUGGGCGCUCAGCUUUGAUGUUGUAUAG